CCUACAGCCCCAUCAGCCACCUCAAGCGCUGUCUCCCCAUCACAGCCCCUGGUAGAGAUGCCUUCCCUUUCAAAGCAUCUGUUGAGGUCAGACAGCUCCCUUCUCCCUCCGCCAUCAUCAUCUUCAUUGGCCCCCGACUCACCGCAUUCCAUCCCCCCUCCUAAGCCAGUACAGCAGCCCACCAAAGUGCCUUUGUUUCCCCAAAUGACACCAGCUGACUCCUCGUCAGGUCAGAGCCCAGUUAAUGUCCUGAACCCAUUUUUUCAUAAAACAAACCUCUUUCCAUCCAGAAAUGCCCAGACUCUCAUAGGUACCCCUCGCCUAGACUUUUCUACAUCCUCAACAAAGCAGUACUCUGAGCUGUCCCCAUCAGAGAGUCCCCACUCAGCAGCUUCCCCAACUCCUGGGGUUCUGAGCUCCAUAGCAGAACUGGACCACCUGUCUCUCCCUUCCCUAGCCCCUGGAGGCCUUCCAGGUGGAACCUCCUCACGGUCCACGUGGAAAGAGGCUUUGAGCCCUGUAUCUACCCAGCCAGCCCGCACAGCGGGGUCUGUCAGAGGGCGCAGUGCAGAAUCAUUGCCCAUUUAUCUGCGCACAGCGGCAGCAAGCUAUGAGGCCUGGGCCCCACGAUUCCAGACUGCAGAGUCAGUGAUGACCAGCAGAGAGCUAGCCCCUGUUCCUCCUACAAAUAGUUUGGCCAACUGGCCACAUUUGUCAGAAGUGCCAGAGAGUUCCAGGAAGCCCACCCUCUCCCCAGAGAGCAAACCUUCCUCUUUGGUGCCUCCUCCUCAGCCUCUCACUACACUCGGUCAAGGGCAAAUGGUCCACCCUGAGGCAGCUCCUGGAUCACCACCGAAGGGGACAGGCACCCCUCUCUUCCUGCUUACUGUCCUCCAGUCCAAUGAGGACCACGCCUCUCAAGCCCCUGCGCCAGAGGCACCCACGGCCCGGGAAGAUGACCGUGAUGAGGACCUUCCUGAAGCCACACAGCUUCUCUCAAGCAAACUUCCUAAUCCUCCUCCUACAAUUUGGACAUUUCCUCAGCAAAAGGAGGACAGCGCGGCAGCCAUUUUCUGGAUAAAUGAAAAGGCAAACGGGACAGCUUCUCUGUGGGCUCUGCCAACGAAAGAGGCCCCCAGUCGUCGUGCAGUGAAGGGAUCCACCUCUGAUUUUAGCACAGGUCGUCUCUCACCUCUCAUCAUGACAGCACUAAGAACAGACCUCUCUCCUCCAGGGUCACCUCCAUCAUCCACGCUCACCACACAAGCCUCUUCUCCUCGCUCUUCUGGCACCAAGCUAGAGACUCUCGCAGCUGUCACAAGCCAGUCAGAGUUGCCAGCUUCAGCUUCCAAACAGGUGACAGAACUUCCCUCCUCCACCGACGUCCGUGGUCUCCCAACAAUGGGAGGCAUGAGAAAGCCAGCAGCCACAGAUGUUUUCUGGAGCUUUCUUUCAGCAGAAACUGCAUCCCUCGCCACACAAUCGGGGCUAUCUGGCUCUCAGCAGCCAACCAAUCACGAUGUAAACACUCAUACAAUUAACUCCACACAUUGGGAACUUCAUCCAGCCUCAGCGGCUCUUCCCGGUGGUACAACUUCAGCUGCCAAUGCAUUACAAUCUCAGAAUUUCAAAGAGAUUGCUGGGCAGCUGGUGGCUGCAGACAGCUUUAACUUCCAGGACACAGUCCUCAAUCCCAGGACCAGCCAGCCUCUCCAACUCUCAGAAGAAGCUGUAGUCGAAAGCCACACAGACCUCCUGCCCACAGGCAAGCAUGCCAGAGACUUCGACACAGAAAUGGUUCAUUACUACUCCCCCACAAGUCAACAUCCUAUGUCACAACUGCCCAUCCGGCCAGCCCAUCCUUUUUGGCCAACCUGGCCAAGUUUAGCUUCUGCGGCUAGCUUGCACCAAAUGCUUUCAGACGGAACAGACACAGGUUCACAAAUUUACAGUGACAUCUAUCUGUCACCGGGGGAAAAUGGCUCCCCACAAUCCCAGAGUGUCCUGGAAUAUCACUCAUCUACAGCCUCACCUUCCGUAUCAACCGGUGCCUUUUCCAGGACCCCUUCCAAAGUACUGCGAACCUCCCGGCGCCCCAAGAAAUGGACAGGUGCAGCCACUCACACAGGUAGUUUGUUUCCUGGUACCCAGAAAACAGUGGGAACCUCUGUGCCCUCCAAAGGAGAACUGUCAGCAACCGCAGCAGCCACCGCCACCACCACGUUGUUUCUGAGAAAAUCAAGUCCAGCGCCACUGUCUGCGGCCCUCACUGCUAAGGGCACUGGCGGCGGAGGCGGCGGCAGCAGCAGCUUAGCCAAGAGCAGUCUGACCACUGCUCUAGCAAAAAAUGUCACCAACAAGGCAGCCUCAGGCCCAAAGGUGACAGCAGGGACCAUCCACACAGCCUUCUCAUUCACACCGACCUACAUGCUCGCCCGGACAGCACACAGCUUGAGCACACACACAGCCGUGCAAGGGGCCACAGGCUCUGUGUCAGGCCUGUUGUCCACAACACACCUCCCCAAGAAGCCACAAGCCACGCACACUGGUCUCCCCAAUCCUACCAGGCCAGACACACCCAGAGCAUCCACGCCCCGCCCACUGACAGUCACUGCCGCGCUAACGUCCAUGACGGCAUCAGUAAAGGCCACGAGACUGCCAUCUUUGCAGACAGGAAACACGGAUGCUGCUUUUCCAGCUGUGUCUACUGCGAUGGUCACAACUGGCAGAAUGGCAUCCAACUUGGACUGUCAGAUGUCCCACAAGUCCCUAGUGAAGACAGUUUUCUUCCUAACUCAGAGGAGAAUUCAGAGCAGCGAGUCCUUGAAGCUUGGGGUAACCAAAGGGCUCACACAGGCAUUGCGGAAGGCUUUCCACCAGAAUGAUGUCUCAGCUCACGUGGACAUUCUGGAAUAUUCUCAUAAUGUCACAGUUGGCUAUUAUGCUACCAGAGGGAGGCUGGUGUAUUUGCCGGCUGUGGUGAUGGACGUGCUGGGCGUGUAUGGAGUCAGCAAUGUCACUGCCGAUCUGAAGCAGCACACUCCCAACUUACAGUCUGUGGCGGUGCUGGCCUCCCCGUGGAAGCCCCCGCCUGCAGGCGCCUUCCAGCUGAAGACAGUGCUGCAGUUUGUAAGCCAGUCGGACAACAUCCAGUCCUGCAGGUUUGCCCAGACAAUGGAGCAGAGGCUGCAGAAGGCAUUCCAGGAUGCAGAGAGGAAGGUCCUCAGCACCAGGAGCAACCUGACAGUUCAGAUCGUGAGCACAUCCAAUGCCUCCCAAGCUGUCACACUGGUGUAUGCGGUGGGCAAUCAGAGCUCGUUCCUCAACGGCACCGUGGCCAGCAGCCUCCUUAGCCAGCUCUCAGCUGAGCUGGUAGGAUUCUACCUCACCUACCCUCCACUUACCAUCGCUGAACCGCUGGAAUAUCCCAACCUCGACACAUCAGAAACAACCAGAGACUACUGGGUCAUCACAGUGCUCCAGGGUGUGGACAACUCGCUGGUGGGCCUGCACAACCAGAGCUUUGCCCGGGUCAUGGAGCAGCGCCUGGCUCAGCUGUUCAUGAUGUCCCAGCAACAGGGCCGGCGGUUUAGACGUGCUACCACUUUGGGAAGCUACACUGUGCAGAUGGUAAAGAUGCAGCGAGUGCCAGGACCAAAGGACCCGGCAGAGCUGACGUACUACACGCUGUACAAUGGGAAGCCACUGCUGGGGACUGCAGCAGCCAAGAUCCUGAGCACCAUCGACUCCCAGAGGAUGGCCCUGACCCUGCAUCACGUUGUCCUUCUACAAGCUGACCCCGUGGUAAAGAAUCCACCCAACAACCUGUGGAUCAUCGCUGCUGUGCUGGCUCCCAUCGCCGUGGUCACCAUCAUCAUCAUCAUCAUCACUGCUGUGCUCUGUAGGAAGAACAAGAAUGACUUCAAGCCGGACACCAUGAUAAACCUGCCACAGAGAGCGAAGCCCGUGCAAGGCUUUGACUACGCCAAGCAGCAUCUGGGCCAGCAAGGGGCAGAUGAGGAGGUCAUCCCUGUGACCCAGGAAACAGUGGUCCUCCCCAUACCUGUCAGAGAUACUCCUCAGGAAAGAGACACAGCUCAGGAUGGCAGCACCAUCAGGACGGCUAAGUCCACUGAAACCAGAAAGAGCAGGUCGCCCAGUGAGAAUGGCUCUGUCAUCAGCAACGAAUCAGGAAAGCCCAGCUCAGGGAGGCUCUCACCCCAGAAUGGAAUGACACAGCAGAAAGUGACAAAGGAGGAGUCCAGGAAGAGAAAUGUGACAGCGAGUGAUGAAGAGGAGGGAGGAGGUCUCUUUGACAGCGCUGGCAAGGCGGCAGCAGAUCCCUUUGACACAUCUUCCGGAUCUGUGCAGCUCAUCGCUAUCAAACCAUCAGCUCUGCCCGUAGUGCACCCUGCCUCUGACAGGGGCCAGGAGUCCUCAGCAGCGCUCAAUGGUGAGGUGAACAAGGCUCUGAAGCAGAAAUCAGACAUCGAGCACUAUCGGAACAAGCUGCGCCUGAAAGCCAAGAGGAAGGGGUAUUAUGACUUCCCCCCAGUGGAGGCCAGCAAAGGCCUGACGGAAAGGAAGAUGUAUGAGAAAGCCCCCAAAGAAGUGGAGCAUGUUUUGGACCCGGACCCAGAACUGUGUGCUCCCUUUGCAGAGUCUAAGAACAGGCAACAGAUGAAGAACUCUGUCUACCGAAGCCGUCAGUCUCUGAAUAGCCCGAGUCCGGGAGAAACUGAGAUGGACCUUCUGGUCACACGCGAGCGACCCCGGCGUGGAAUCCGGAACAGCGGAUAUGACACUGAACCUGAGAUCAUAGAGGAGACCAACGUGGACAGAGUCCACGAGCCCCGGGGCUACGGCAGGGCACGGCAGGUGAAGGGCCACUCAGAGACCUCCACUCUGAGCUCGCAGCCUUCCAUUGACGAAGUCCGGCAGCAGAUGCACAUGCUUCUGGAGGAAGCCUUCAGCCUGGCAUCUGCUGGCCAUGCAGGCCAAAGCCGGCACCAGGAGACCUAUGGCUCCUCUCAACACCUGCCGUACUCAGAGGUGGUGACCAGUGCUCCAGGGACCAUGACACGGCCCAGGGCUGGAGUGCAGUGGGUGCCCACCUACCGACCAGAAAUGUACCAGUACAGUCUGCCCCGGCCGGCUUACAGGUUCUCCCAGCUUCCUGAAAUGGUCAUGGGCUCUCCCCCACCCCCUGUUCCUCCUCGAACAGGCCCUGUGGCCGUGGCUUCUCUCAGGCGGUCCACCUCAGACAUCGGCAGCAAGACCCGGAUGGCGGAGUCCACGGGACCUGAGCCCACCCAGUUGCAUGACAGUGCCUCAUUUGCCCAGGUGUCCAGAGGUCCUGUGUCGGUGACACAGUUGGAUCAGUCGGCUUUAAAUUACUCAGGUAACACGGUGCCAGCGGUGUUUGCCAUCCCAGCUGCCAACAGACCCGGCUUUACCGGCUACUUCAUCCCAACACCACCCUCAUCCUACAGGAGCCAGGCCUGGAUGUCCUAUGCAGGAGAGAAUGAGCUCCCGAGCCAGUGGGCUGAUUCGGUCCCUCUUCCUGGGUACAUCGAGGCCUACCCCCGGUCACGUUACCAACAGAGCUCCCCCUCCAGGCUCCCUCGCCAGUAUAGCCAGCCAACCAACCUUCACCCCAGCCUAGAGCAGGCCCCUGUCCCCUCUGCAGCUGCCUCACAGCAAAGCCUGACAGAAAAUGAGCCUCCGGACACUCCGCUGACCAACAUCUCCACAGCAGCCCUUGUGAAGGCUAUCCGAGAGGAAGUAGCCAAGUUGGCCAAGAAGCAGACAGACAUGUUUGAGUUCCAGGUCUAAAGCCUCAACUCUGAGGGGAUCUGCACUUGAAGGCUGUAAGGCAGCCAACAGGCUUUGGGCUCCUCUCCCCUAACGGUGGAGGCUCUGGAUAAUAAAUAACAAUAGACAUGGUCUUUCUCACCCUCGGAUUCUAAGAGCCAACAGUGGGGCUGCAGGAAAGCAGGAAACUUGUGAACAACUGGAGUCUGACUUCUGCAGCCCAUUGUGGGUCAACAAGUCCCUAACAGGGACCCUGUGCUUGAAAUUCUGUUGAGCUGAAUGUCUGGACUGUGGGUGGAAAGUCCCCAAGGAGCCCUAGUCGUGAGAGGCACUAGCUAGCCUGCAGGUUCCUGUCCAAUGUCCCAUUUUCAUAAGUCACCAGGAGGGAGAGAAUGCUGCUCUGUCUUCAGUGACCUCUGCAUGUUCUCUUUCUGUGUUAAAGGCAACACAGGAGUGUGAUUAACCACCAGACUGUACUCUCGAGUUGAGCCAUGACCACAAUUGCUUUAAAAAAUAUCACCUCUAGUCUAUAAGGGAGAUACUGACUCUCAAGCCAAGAAACUUGAUUCUCUUUGCUUUUAAAGGUUCAUGUUCAAAGUCAAAUGAAUUGGAUGGAAAUCAGUUCCAAUGGCUGUGCCUAUAAAUAGUCCUGACUCCUUUUCUCCCCCACCUGUUAAUUAAAGGCCAAGAAAGAGCGGCAGUGAGCCAGAAUGGCAGACUUGGGUUGAAGGGCUGUUUAAGAGGUGUUGUCAUUUUGGAAAUAGAGUCUCCUGCAAAUCAGUAUCCAAAUGAAAGACAAUCGGUGCUAAGAGGCUUGGGAGCCUACAGAAGAGAAGCAGUUGUUUGUGGAGGUUUUGCUUUGUCCAUAUUGAGGAUGGCUUGAGAACCUGGCCAUCCGGAGGGAACAAUAGAUGCAUCAACUUUAACAAGAUCUAUCUCCUACCCAGUGGCGUGAGGCAUGCACUGCCGAGUGGUACGAAGCAGACCAUGACCAAUUCCAUUAGAAGUGGGAAAGGUGGAUCCACGGUCUUCCCAAGCGGCAGUGUCUGUCCCUAGAAACCUCUGAAUGUAGGAAAUCUUACGUGAAAUUAAGACAUCUUUCUUAAAAGUCUGUGGAGUUCACCAGUUCUCCAUGGUGGAUGGACGCAGGAGGAAACUUGCUGAGCCGGCAAGGAUGUUACCCUGGGGAGUAAUGUCCCCUUCUCUCUCUCUCUCUCUCUCUCUCUCUCUCUCUCUCUCUCUCUCUCUCUCUCUCUCCCUGGUAUGGAGCAUCAGCUUGCAGAGUCCUGGGUGGAAACACUGCCUUGUAGCUGUGGGGUACCAGCCACAGAUGACCCCUCUUGUACAAAUAAAACCGAUUUGGGGUACCAGAAGUAAAGGAAACCCUAAGUUUCCACCCUAGCUUUGGGAGCCAUGUAUGGUGUCAGUGGGUCAGUUUGGUGUGUAUUGGGGAACAUGGUCCUACCCCACCUUCACCCAUGACCCAUCUUGCUUCCGCUGUCCCCAUGUCCCUCCUAACCCAUCUAUGCAUUGUCUUCAUGAGUUUCUUUGGUCUUUACUGAAGGAAGAGAGAGGGGAGGAGGAUUGGAACUGAUCAGAACAGGAGAUUCAAACUGUCAAAGCACAGGACUUCCCCAAGGAGCCGUUUUUACUUCCCUAUAGCAAACUGUCCUUUCUGGAAUGUUCAGAGAUGAUAAUGUCGUGGAAUCCCCAGACAAGUCUCUUGUGGGGAUGAUGUUAGGUAGUGAGCGCCCUUUUAGUAUGCUGGUUGAUCUUUCAUAGUCUUAGUCUUUUGUUACUUAAUAAGAAAUCAGCUAUAAAUAAAAUGUAUUUUUGUAAUUUCCAUGUGUAUAUAUGGUAUAUUUCUACCAAUGGCCAGUUAUAGUCCAAAUCCGAAAUCAGCUUGCAGAACACUGUGGCCAGUGCAAGAUUUUACUGAUAGACUAACGCAAUGCCUAAACCCAGCCACGCGGGCAUUCGAUGCACUUGAAUGAACAAAGAGCCAAAGAAACUCAACCUUUUCAUGCUAAUGGUGUAAGACUGAUAUCGCCAGCUACAUUGCUCCACUUUAUCAAUAACAUCAGCUUUCCAUCCAUGUGGCGUAUCAACACGGGACUUUGUGGAUUUGGCAAAUUCUUGGAAUGUGAGAAAGAAAUUUCUAGACCAUAGAAUAUGUAUGCUUCAGAAAGACAGUGUCUAAGCUUUGGGCUCCAGUAACUUCCAGAAAGAUCAUGAAUCCAGAGUUAACAGUGGUAUAGCUCCAGAUUGCUAGGAAGAUGAAGCCGCCGCUCACUGGAGUCUUGGCAGAACCUAUGAAAUGGGGUGAUGAUAUUUUAAUCGGGACAAUUAAAAUAGAGCAUGGUAAAUCAGCUGCCCUUUUCAGCUAGACACCAUGGGUUCAAGAAGUCUAUGCAAAGAAAACCUUAAAUUAAUGAAAACAUUAAUAUGCUCAUGUUCUACCAUGAUUAAAGCCUCCUGGGACUAAGAUGUUGUUCCUCCCCUAAAGAGUCUUCUAAUCAUAUAGAGGUAAUAGGUCCCCAGAUAGGAAACUGAGUUUAGAUGGUUAAAAUCACAUGAUAUAAAAAUGAGAUGAGGUUCCACGGGAGCCCAGAGGAGGCAGCAGUGAGCUCAGAUCAUCAUGACCUUCCAGACAGUCACAGAAGCCAUAGAGGAUCUCAAUGGUUUGCAAGGAGGAAGGCAAACUCCAGACAAGUGGAGGGUCGAGCCCCAGCCUGCUGACUCAUGCCCCAGCCUGCUGACUCAUGCCCCAGCCUGCUGACUCAUGCCCCAGCCUGCUGACUCAUGCUCCAGCCUGCUGACUCAUGCCCCAGCCUGCUGACUCAUGCCCCAGCCUGCAGACUCAUGCCCCAGCCUGCUGACUCAUGCUCCAGCCUGCUGACUCAUGCUCCAGCCUGCUGACUCAUGCCCCAGCCUGCUGACUCAUGCUCCAGCCUGCUGACUCAUGCCCCCAGCCUGCUGACUCAUGCCCCAGCCUGCUCUCCAUUUCACCACGCUGCCUGUACACUUGUUGGGGACACAUUUCUUUAACUGUGCCCAGAAAUUUAAAAAAAAAAA